CUCUCCACCUCUCCCUUCCUAUGUCCCUCCCCUGUCCUUUCGACUGCCCCUCUGGCGCUCUGUUUCUUCGGCCCUCUGUAUUUUAAUCUUACAGUAGGUGAACCACCAUUACUCAGGAUGGACUCCAGACCCCCCAACCUGCUGCUGCUGCUUCUUACCAGCCUCCUAUACUUCUGGCAAUGUGCCAGAGUACAGGCAUCCUACACUAUAGAUAACGUUGGCCUUACAGUCCAACCUAGCAGCACAGUUGAGAGCGGGACACCGGUGACCCUACGCUGCCAGGUCAGGGUCAGUCAUGACAACAUCCCUCACCUGACACAUACUUUCCAGCUCACACAGGACGACGUUCUUGUCAGCUCCUCUACCACCACAGAAGACUCAGUCGUAUAUAAGCUCAGCCCAGCCAGGGCAGCUGACUCUGGAAGUUAUCAAUGUCGGGUCACUGUCAAGGAAAAGAGCAAAGCCAGCGAGAGCAAAAAGCUCGACGUCACAGGCCUGCAGACCCCCAUUCUGUAUCUGAAUAAGACUACACCCUAUCAGAGUGAGGAGUUCACAGCUACUUGCAGUGCUCCGGGGGAGAAAGGAGCCCUCGUCUUCCAGUUCCACCAGAGAUUUAGAGGAGGAAAUCCUGAGAAGAUAAAGCAAGCAGCGUCCACUGGGAACUCAUCAGAGACCACACUGGUCCUGAGCAGACUUGGAAACAGCAUCCUGUACUGUGACUAUGAAGUCGGUUUGGUUUCUGGGGUCAGACGCUCCAACCGCAGCAACGAGAUUUCAGUGUUAGUCAAAGCACUCCACAUUACCCCGAUCAUGAAUAUAUUGCCUUCCUCAAAUGUGUCUGAGGGUGACAUAAUAGAGGUGGUAUGUAGAGUGGUGAGUGAUCUCAAGAACAUUGAAGUAUUCCUGACGAGGGACAGGAGGAUCCUCAAGCAAGCCUUAGUCAGCCUCAGUCAUCGAUUCACUACAAAAGAAGGAGACUCUGGGGAGCUUGUGUGCAAGGCAGAAUGGGGCAACGUGCAGCAAAAAUCCAAUCAAACAAUUCGUGUCAAAGAAUUGUUUUCAAAGCCACACCUGACUGUGUCGCCCACAGACAUAUUUGAGGGACACACCUUCGAACUGACCUGCUCUGUAUCCAGUUAUGAUCCUCAGAAGAUCGAAAAUGACACCAUGCUGUUCUCCAUCUACAAAGACGGCGUUGAACUUAAGAAUGGAACUAAUUACCAUGCUAGAGCAGGGCCUUCUGCAAAUGGCAACUACAGCUGUAAAGUCAAGGCUCAUUCUCUUGAUUAUCACAAUUUUUCAAAAGACAGCAAAUCAGUUGUUGUUGAAGCAAAAGUUCCUGUUUCAGAGCCCAUGCUGAGCGUGGUGGGGGGUACACUGGUGCUGGAAAAGCCCUUCCAGCUCAUCUGUCACAGUGACAGGGGCACUCUGCCCAUCGUUUACACCCUGUACGCCCCUAAAAGGCCGGCUGAGUCCAGGAAGGUGAGCAAGCCGUGGGAGCAGGCCAUCUUUAACUCCUCAGCCAUCUACAAGAAUUCAGACUUAAAGAAGUUUCUUUGCCACGCGAGAAACAGUUUAAAUGAGCCUCCGAUGACAUCAGGACAGCAGCUGCUAGAUUCUACCAUUAUCAUAGAGCCUGUGUCAAAGCCAGUGUUGAGAGAUGUCUCUGAUGGGCAGGACGUGAACCUUGUCUGCUCUGUUCAGAAAGGCACUCCUCCCAUCACCUUCACCUGGUACCACACAAAGAAAGCAGGCGCUCUUGACUUCCAGACCACCAAGAAACUGGAAGGAUCCUACAGGAUCAGCCAUGUCAAAGGAGAGCACAAAGGAGAAUACUACUGUGAGAGCACCAACCUAGCCAACAAAACCAAAAUGAGUGAUACCAUCAGCAUCGGAGUAAAGCUAGCUGGCUGGAAGAAAGGUCUUAUUGCAGCCUUCUGCAUCCUGGUCAUACUGGCACUGAUCCUUGUUAUCAUCUUUAAAAGACGUCUCCUAGGAUUUAAGAGGAAAACAACUGCCGAGCUGUCAGUGAAGACAGCCAGCACCAAUGUGGAGCGACUGAGCCUCACCCAGGCUGUCAAUGUUACUCCAGGCAUGAUAGGAAAGAGUGUUUGGAGUGAUUACGUAUCAGGCUCUGAGUCUGAUGACCAAUAUAGUGUGACCUCUCCAGGAAAGCCAGAACCUCAGUUCAUUGAGGCGCCGACCAAACAGGCAGAUCCUACGAGCGCUCAGGGCACAGACAACGAAGUGCGGAACUCCAAGCAAGGUGUUCCAGAGCCGGCUGAAAGUCAGGGGUCCGUGGAGUAUGCACAGCUUAAUCGUGAUGUGGCUCACCACAGUAACCAUGGUGACCACAGUGUCCAGGAUGACUACAGUGUCCAGGAUGACCACAUGACAGACAGCAGUGUGGCCAACAACACUGCUGACCAUGGGGAAUGAAAACAUGACCCAGCUCCAGUACCCAACAACAAGAAUAUUUAUUCCCUUAUUUAUCCGGCUCGUUAAUGCAGCUGGACCUUAAACAGCCCUAAGCAAUAAUGUACUUUUUUGUAUUUUUUUUAACGCUUUGCAAGAAACAUCCUACACUGAAAAUCCACUUGCUUCACCUUUGCAGGGCCAAUAAAAAUGUUUUUGUUAAGUGAA